AUGGAGGGGAGCAGCAGCACGGCAAUGUCCAUGUCGAUGGAGGCGCUACAGAUGGCCAUGGCGGAUGACGUGGACCAAUGGGAUGCCGCGGACGACCCGCAGGGAACUCUCAGCAUGAUGGCCAUGCUCCUGGGCGGCGGGGAUGCGAGUUUGGGCGGCACAAACGACGUUUUCCUGGGCGGCAGUGACUUUCAUUUGGGCGGCGCGAGUGACAUGCUGCUGGGCGGCACGUCAUUGGAAGAUCUCCUGGGUGGCGGUAUUCACGGCGGUACCCACGGCGGUAUCCACGGCGGUAUCCACGGCGGCGGUAUCCACGGCGGUAUUGGCGGCGGGAAUGGCGGCGGGAUGGUGCACGGCCAAGGCCAGUGCGACCCUGCGAUGGGAUUCGACAACCGCAUUGCCAGCAUCACCGCCGCAGGGCAUUUGAACGGAGCUCUUCUUGAGGCGGCUUAUAGCGGGACGCAGCCGGUGGGGUAUGAUAAUCACGCCGGUGCUCAUCAUGCCACUCUCAAUGGCUCCUUACCUGCUAGCGCCCACGGCACUUCGGCUGGUCAGUGGGAGGAGCAACGAUGUUCAACGAUGCUGCGUGAUGCUUCCCUUGUUGGGCACUGCAGCACCGUCGGUCUUGAUGCGUCCACUGUACUCGGUACAAGCGGUCUCGUUGGUGCGCACGAGCAUUCCGCCAUUGCGCCUGAUUCGACCAACCUGUGGAUGCUACAGCAGCAGCAGCAGCAGCAGCAGCAGCAGCAGCAACACCAGCAGCAGAAGCACCUGCUGCUCCAAUCCGAGCCUCACACACAGGCUUGGCCGGACCUGAAGUCACCGGCGGAGGUGAAGCCCGAGCGGAGGGCUCUGGUGGUGCAGUCGUGUGACUAUAAGGGGGGCAGAGGCGGCCGCCAGGGCGCUCAGCUGCUGCAGAUGCCGCCCGGGUUGCGCCUUGCACCGCCCGUACCUGCGCUUGCCACUGCUGCUACCACAGCCGGCGCCGCAUCUCUCAGAAACUCUGCCCCUGCCGCUGCUGCUGCUGCUGGCUCGAAUGGGAACGUGAAUGUGAACACAAGCACGUGCAUGCGGCUCCCGCGGGCCAGCACGGCGCCUGCAAAUGCUGCUCCUCUGGACAGCACAGUAGCAGGGCUGGCGGCGGUAACGGGGGACGCAUCCUUUCUUGAAAUUGAAAGCACCGGCGGUGCUGUCGGGUGCGGCAUGUGGCACAGCCACAGCAGCAGCAGCCGCAGCAGGCCGGUGGCCGUGUGGGCGAGCGAGGGCGGAGGAGCGGGUGUGAGUGGCGCGGCGGAGGGCGGAGCUUAUCACGAGUCUCCAGCGUCUGGCUUGCUGCAUGGCCAGGGGAAGCUGCAGGGAACAGAGGCAGUCGCUGCUGCCUUCGGUGCUGCUGCUGCUGGUGCUGGUGUUGCUGCGCCCGGUGACGGUGCUGGUGGUGCUGGCAGUGGUGGUGCGAGUGCAGCACGGGCGGGGAUGCGCAAGAGUCGCAGCAGAAGCAGCGCCAGGCCUCGUGUGACUCAACUGGGCGCUCGGGGAGGCAGCAAGCGAGCAGCAGCAGGCACCGGCAUGAGCCGAAGCCGCAGCAGCCACGUGGUGCUCACCACUCCUGCUGCCGCCACCCUUGCUGCCGCCACCCCUGCUGCCACCUCUCCUGCCGCUGCCACUCCUUCUCCUCCUUCCCUCUCUCCUCGUCUUCCUGCGGCCGCUGCUGUUCCCAGCAUUGAUGCAGUGGUAAAGACUGGUGAGGCAGCAGGGGAGUCAGAGUCGGAUCUCCCGGCAUUCCAGCGGGAGAACCAGGCCCUGGCUCAGGCGCUGCUGCGUGAUGCUGACCUCUGCGUCUCCCCUCCGUCCCAAACUGCUGCUGCUGCUCAUGCCGCUGCUGGUGUUUCUGCUGGUGCUGUCCGUGGUGGUGCUACUGCUGCCGGUGUUGUUGUUGUGGAUCCUGCUGCGUGCUCCUAUGACGUCAGUGGAAGCAUGAGUGGAGGCGGGGCGGCAGGCGCCGGAAUGAGCAGCUGCAGCCUGGGCGGCACGGCCACGGGCGGCGGCGGCAAGACGAGCCUGGGCGGCACCAGCAUGGGCGGCACGAGCCUGGGCGGCGGCACGAGCAUGGGCGGCACAAGCACAGGCGGCGCGGCGACGGGCGGCGACAGCAGCGACCCGGAGGGUCGAGGGUUGGCGAAGGGCACGUGGUUACCGGAGGAGGACGGAGUGUUGAUGGAGUAUGUGCGGUGCCACGGCCCUCGCAACUGGGGCGCGCUCAGAGCCAGAGGGCUGCUCCGUCGCUCAGGGAAGAGUUGUCGCCUGCGCUGGGUGAACCAACUCAAGCCCGGCCUGCAGAGGUACUGUGGCAAGGGGUGCAAGCGGUUCAGCGAGGCAGAAGCAGGCGUGGUGUUGGCGCUGCAGCGGGCGGUGGGCAACAAGUGGGCUCACAUCGCCCGCCACCUGCCCGGCCGCACCGAUAACGAUGUGAAGAACUUCUGGAACCUGCACCUCAAGCGACAGGCCCGCCUGCGCGCACGCGGGGGAGGGGCGCGCCUUGGGGGGAACGGAGAUGGUGGUGAUCAGAAUGGUGGUAACCAGGAGGUACAGCUGCAGCAUGUGGCUUCCAGUGGCCUUCAGGAUGACUGUAACCACACCGUUGGUAACCAGAAUGGUGGUAAUGAGACCGGUGGUAACCAGAGCGGUGGGGACCAGAAGGGUGAUAAGCAGGCCGGAGGUGAUGGCGGUGAUAGUGACAGCAGCACGAGCAGCGGCAGCAAAGGGCAUGAGCGUGGGAUGGCUGUGAGCGAGGGUGGGGCGCAAGGGUGUUCCCAGGCUCAUGGGGCCCAUGCUGGUCAUGAGGACGUUGCAUGUGCCAAUGAUAUGGCAUGUGCAAAUCAAGAGCCCCUGUCACAAACUCUUCCUGCUCCUGCUACCGCUGCCGUUGGUGCUGCUGCUCAUGAUUCUGCUGCCAGUGCCAGUGAAGCGGCAAUGAACGGUGAGGAGAAUGCAAACAAGAAUGCGAGCAAGGACGCAAGAACCAACACUCCCACUCCACCUGCCACAGAGGCAGCACCCGCCUCCGCCCCCUCGCUCCCAGUCCCCUCCUCCCUGCCGCCCCACAUGCACCAACACGCCAAACCGCUCCUUCCGCGUUCCCGCCCCUCUUCGUCCUCCGGCCGGCCUCUGUCGGCCGGCAGCCGCCCAUCUUCCUCGUCCGGGCGGCAGUCGAAGCUAUCACUGCACCAGAGGCGCCUGCAGCGAAACUCCUCUGGAGGAGGGGGAAGCGGCCUUGGCGCUACUGGCGCUGCUGGCGGGGGUGGGGGCGGCUGUGCACGCUGUGCUGGUUGCCGCAGUGCCGCCGGUAACAACAACGGGGUUGACAGCAUGACCGGCACUGGUGCUGCCGCUGUUGCUGCCGCUGCUGCUGCCGCUGCUGCUGGUGCGACGGGGAGUGGCGAUGAGGAGCGAGCAGCAGGGAGUCCCAGGGAGGCCGGAGGGGAAGCUGGCGAAGCCAUGGACGUGGCGGGCGCGGGGAGCAGCCUCUCUGCUCUCAAGAUAGGCGAGCCCAACGCGCAGCUGAACACGCUGAUCAACCUAGAGGACUGGAUCAACUCUCCCUCACCCGCUGCUGCCGCUCCCCCUCGUCGUACGGGCUGCUCGCCCUUCUACAUCAACCUCUCCCCCUCCGCCCGCUGCCUCCGCUCCCCCGGCUCCCCCUCCCCCCGCUCCCUCUACCUCCGCUCCCCCUCCCCCCGCGCCCUCCCCUCCCCUCGCCACCGCGCCUCCCCAGCCCACCGGGUCUUCCCCCACCCUCCCCCCCACCCCUCGUCCCGCCACUCCCCCCUGUCGUCCUCCUCUUCCCCUCAGAACAACCACUCGGGGUCCCAGCCCUCCCCUCUCUCCUCCUCGUCCCCUCGCCCUCCCUCGCGGCCUCGGCACCCGCUCUCCUCCUCCUCCUUCUCGCCCUCUCACCCCACCAGCCAUCGCUCACUGGGAAAGCACGUGGAGGAGAAAAGACACGUACAGGAGAAUGAACCGGGGGGAAUGCAAGCAGCAAAUGCAGAGGCUCGGCAGGGGUUCAGCCUGGCCAGUUACAGGGUGCGCAAGGGGCUGCUGCAGCUUUUCAAUCAGAGCGAGCCAGCUGGGCAAGGUGGCUCAAUGGCCUCCGCUCUGGAGCCACAUCAGGCAGGGAUUCUGCCAGGUCAGCAACCUCAGCCCAUUCAGAUGGAAUCUAGCUGGCACAAUCCUGAUCUUGUGCCCGAACCUGUGAUAAACCCUGUUGCCGAGCCUACUGCCGAGCCUGCCGCUGGAGGCAUGGGCAGCCGUGAGAAGAGGGAUAGGAGUGUGUGUCGAAGCAUGAGCAUGGAGAGCAGCAUGCGACGGAGCCAGCACCAGCAGGGCAGGAAGGGCUCUGGCGCUGCUGCCAGUGCCUCACUACAAGCAUCUCUGAUAGAAGACCUGCUGGUGCCUGAAGUGCGCCAGCAGCAGAAACUGCGAGACUACCAAGAGGCUCAACAGUAUCAUGACCACUGGCAUCUCAAUCAGCAGCUUCAUCAGCAACAGCAACUUACUCAGCUUGAGCAUCAGCAUGAGCAAGAGCAUGGGCACGGGCAUGAGCACGGGCAUGAGCACAGGGAGACCACGAGUGGCACGAAACACGGUAGCACAGGAGGAGGCGGAGCACCCAUCCCCAAGCACCGUCGCCACCACACUGCAGCCGCACCACCACCCCUCGCUCACGGCACUGCCCCAGACACCACCACUGCUGCUGGUUACCCACGCCGUAACGCCGGUCCAACCCCGUGUCUGAGUGCCUCAGAGCACAGUGCUGGGAGCCCUGCUGUCAGCCAUGCAGCAGCAAGCCCUGCUGUGAACCACGGGGCAGUGAGUCAUGGGGCAUCUGGGGAUGGUGGUGGGGUGAUAGAGUACCAUUGGGCAUUCCAACCUUCUAGGGUUCUUGACUCGUCCUCCCACGGCCAAUUCCCCUCAUUCUCUUUCCAAAACCCUCGUCUCCCCAUCCCCCAACCCCCCGCCUCCGCGGAUCCUGCGCCCGCGCGCCGCAGGUUGGACAAGGCGCGCAUGUUCGUGGUGGGCGCGGGGCUCUUCAGCGGGCUGACCGUUGCGCUCUACCCGCUCUCCGUCAUCAAGACGCGCCUCCAGGUCUCCCCUCUCCCGCUCUCCGCCGCCCAUGCCGCCCCCGCUUCCGCUCCCCCUUCCGCUUCCCCUGGCACAGCCGCGCCUGCUGCUUCCGCAAGGUCUGCGGUCAAUGCGAGGAUGGCGGGAGCAGGAGGGGCGGCGGGAACGGGGGGCAUUGGAGCAGCUCGGGCGGUGGAGGCGGGGGGAGCGGAAGCCCGCGUUGGGAUGAACGGCGCAGGGACAUCCGCGGGUGCCGCAAGAACGGGCGGAGAAAUGAGGGUAGCCGCAAGUGAAGCGCCAGUGGCGCCGGUAGCACCAAGCACGGCAGGAACAGCGGGAACAGCGGUGAGCGGAGCAACAGCAGCACCGGGAGGAAGAUCCGCAGGAGGAGGGGCUUCCGCAGCAGCAGGGGGAACAGGCGGAGCAGGGGGAGGAGUCGGAGCAGGCGGGGCAGCAGGCGGAGCAGCAGGGGGAGCAGUAGGCGGAGCAACAGGGGGUGCAGCAGGGGGGGCAGCAGGGGGGGCAUCUCGAGCAGCAGCAGCGGGGGGCAGGCGCCCGUCCUCUGUGAGUCUAGCGGUGGGCAUGGCGCGGCACAUAGCGCGCACGGAGGGCGUGAGGGGGUUCUUCCGCGGCAUGGGCACUGUGGUGGCGGGGAUGCUGCCCGGGCGGAUCAUUUAUAUGGCCGUGCUGGAGGCUGUCAAGGCCAACACGCUCAAGGGGAUUAACGGGGUAGCGGAGCAGCCUGUAGAGGGGACGUUUGACGAUGCGGCCAGCACAAGCAGCGGUAACGGUGGCAGCGGCAGCGGCAGCAGCAGUGGCAGUGGUGGGAGCAGCGGGGGCAGUGAGAGCAGAGGUGGGAGUGGCAGUGUGGUGGGCGGCACAGGGCGGUGGCUGCAUUUGUCUGAUACGGCAGCAGCAGGGCUGGCGAGUGCAGUGGGCGGCAUGUGCGCGUCUCUUGCCACCCAGGCUGUUGUUGUUCCCGUGGACGUGGUGAGUGGGGGAGAGGUGGAGAAAGGGAGAAGGGGUGGACGUGGACAAUGUUGUGCCCAUGGACGUGAUCAGGUCUCGCCUCGUGGCGCAGCAGGGCGACCUGCCGCCCCUCCUUUCUCUUCUCUUCCCCUCAUCAGCUCCCGCCUCGUGGCACAGCAGGGCGACCUACCGCUGCACCACGCCACCAUACCCGCACCCGCUGCACCAGGAAUCAGCUCCCGUCUGGUGGCACAGCAGGGCGACCUGCCGCCCCAUCACGCCACCAGACCCGCACCCACAGCACCAGGAGCACCGUUAGCAGCCGCCGCAGUAGCAGCAUCUGCCACACCAGCAGCAGCAGCAGCAGCAGCAGGAGGUGCAGGGGCAGCAGCAGUGCGAUACAAGGGGGGAAUUGAUGCACUCGUGACGAUUCUCCGAACGGAGGGGCCGCGCGGGCUGUACCGUGGGUUUGGGCUGUCGGUGCUCACGUAUGCUCCCUCAGGGUUCAUCUGGUGGGGCACCUAUGGCGCCACCCAACGCCUUUUCUGGAGUUCGUAUGACCGGUUGUGGGCACCAGCAGGCGUCGCAGAAGCAGCGCCUCCCCUGCCGCUGGUGGUGGGUGUGCAGGUGGGAGGGGGCAUGUGUGCCGGGCUGGCUUCUGCCCUCGCCACCACCCCGCUUGACACCGUCAAGACGCGCAUUCAGGUGGGGCGCAGGAGCGGAGCAGCAGUCACAGUGGCCGCGGUGGUGAGGCAGCUAGUGGAGCAGGACGGGGUGAGAGGGCUGUACCGUGGCUUCGCCCCCCGCUGCGCUAGCACCAUUCUCUGGGGCACUGCUAUGGUGUCCACCUACGAAUAUCUCA